CUAACACUCACUUCCCAAAAUGUCUCCCUCACCUCCCCCCGCUACCUCCACCGCAGCUCCUACCACAAAGGCCAAGUCGCGCUCUCGCUCACCGCCUCCCCCCCGCAAAUCCACCUCCCCCCUACCCCGUCGCCGCUCCCGAAGCCCUCCCCGCCGCCCACGCAACAACAACGCCUCUGGCUUCCGCUGGAAGCAAACUCGCCGCGACGACGAUGGCAGCCGAAGCGACGACCGCCAGCUGAACCGCGGCUAUCGCCAAGAGCGCAACGAGAGGGACGGCAGAGACGGAGGACGCGACGACAGACGCGACGGCAGAGAUCGAGACCGAUUCGCGGGACGGCGAGACGAGCGGGAUCGGGAUGGCAACAGAGAUAGGGACAGGAACGUCCACAGCGACAGGCGGCGAGAGGACCGUCCCCACCGCGACCGCGACACAGAUCGCCCCUCCAAGCCCAAAGAGAAGAAGGAAAAGCCCGCGCCUGUAGCAGCAGCCGGCAAUGAGCCGAUGAUCAUCGUGACGGUGAACGACCGGCUGGGCACGAAAGCGCAGAUACCGUGUCUCGCGUCCGAUCCAGUGCGGGUGUUCAAGGCGAUGGUGGCGGCGCGGAUUGGGCGGCCGGCGCAUGAGAUUAUGCUGAAGAGGCAGGGGGAGCGGCCGUUCAAGGAUCAGUUAACGCUCGAGGAUUAUGGGGUUAGCAAUGGGGUGCAGUUGGAUUUGGAGCUGGAUACGGGGGAUUAGGUCGGGCUUUGGGGGAUCCAGGGAGUGCUCGAGAGAGGGAGAGGCAGAGGCAGGUUGGGGAUAUGGGAUGCGGCUUUCUGUGUCUUAUGGAGCAGAGGGCAGACCGGUUCUCAAGUUGGUCGACUAGAUGGAUAUGCGACUUGGGAAAGGGGUAUGCUCGAGAUGUUCGAUUAAUGCUCAAAUACUGCAAAGAGUACCACUCUUCACGGUACUCCACUUAUCAAAAUCAAAAGUAACAAAAGGAAGCACACAAUCGUCAAAAGUCAUCGGUAUAGAUCAUCCCCCUUGAUUUUGAUUAUCUACUACCUAUGCACCAUAUCC